AUGGUUCAGUGGUUGGACUCUAGUCUGGACUCUAUUCUAGACUCUAGUCUAAACUCUAAUCUGGACUCUAGUGUGGACUCUAGUGUGGACUCUAGUUUGGACUCUAAUCUAGACUCUAGUCUGGACUCUAUUCUAGACUCUAGUCUAAACUCUAAUCUGGACUCUAGUCUGGACUCUAGUGUGGACUCUAGUUUGGACUCUAAUCUAGACUCUAGUCUGGACUCUAGUCUGGACUCUAGUGUGGACUCUAGUUUGGACUCUAAUCUAGACUCUAGUCUGGACUCUAGUCUGGACUCUAAUCUAGACUCUAGUCUGGACUCUAGUCUUGACUCUAGUCUAGACUGUAACCUAAAGAGUUGGACUAUAAAGUCCUAA